GGGUUUUAGGGUUUUCGGGACAUGGGCUCCUAGUAAACAGCAAUAGAAGGGAAAGAUUUUGAUUUGUGAUAUCCCAGUUUCAUCAAAAUCUUUUUCUUUACAUUUUUGUUUUGCUUGAAAGAGCUUAUUUUAGCUUUUAUAUUUUCUAAACCUUUUUUUUUUAAAUUUCCCAACCCUUUGCUUACAACUUACAAGAACACACAAACAAUAACUACACCAGAAAAUAAAAAUAAAAAUAGCGUACCACCUCAAUAAAUGAGGCCAGCCUUUCUCUCUCUCAUUUUUCUUUGUGCUCUCAUUGGUAAGGGUGAUACUAGUGUAUCAGUUUUAGCCAGGCGCCGUUUCUCUCUCUCUCUCUCUCCAAAGUCCAAGUUUUCUCUCUCUAUGAUAAUGGCUACUCCACCAAUAUCUUCUUAAGCCCUGACCAGAAUUCUCACCCAUACCCACUGUCCCUUUCUCUUUUAAGAAAAGCAAAAUGUUUGUUCCUUCAAAUCUUCUACCCCACUGGCUUGACGUCCUGCUGUCUGAAAAGUUCUACAACGCUUGCAUAAUUCAUGAGGAGGCAAAGAAGAACGAGAAGAACAUCUACUGCUUGGACUGUUGCAUGAGUCUCUGCCCUCACUGCUUGAAUCCUCAUCGCCCUCACCGACUUUUGCAGAUAAGGAGGUAUGUUUACCACGACGUUGUAAGACUGGAUGAUGCUGCCAAGCUAAUUGACUGUUCUUCUGUUCAAUCGUACAUAAGCAACAGUGCAAAAGUGGUGUUUUUAAACCAAAGGCCACAAACAAGGAAUUGCAGAGGCUCCGGCAACAUCUGCAGCACCUGUGACAGGAGCCUGCAAGACCCAUAUCUCUUUUGCUCCCUCUACUGCAAGAUUGAUUACGUUCUAAGAACAGAAGGUGGCCUGUCCAAGUACCUUCUAGAGUGCAAAUUCAUGUCCUUACCCGAAUCCGGUUUAGACGACGGUCAGAUGACUCCUGACUCGGUUCUGGAACCGGCCGGUUCAACCCGAACCUCGUCCGGGUCAUGCGGGUUCGGUGAGGUGGGGUGUCUGGCCCUAGCCUGUACUGCUACGACCGAGAUUGUGAGGAAAAAGAGGAGUAGCAUGUCAACGUAUCGGACAGCUUGUCGGCCCGUUUUUUCACCAGUGUCCGAAAUUUCGGCCGGGUUGAUGAACCGGCGAAAGGGGACGCCACAUCGGGCUCCGCUGUAUUGAAUAUGUGCAUGGAUGGAUUUAGUGAUAAUAUUUUUAGUAAGUAAAAUUAAAUGCAGAGGGAUUUUAGGGGGUAUGAAUUUGUAAAAGUUGGUAAUUUUCAUACUUUUUGUCUUGGAGAGAAAGUCUUCCGCACGACCGUCACCAAUUUAAUUAUUAAGAUGACACUAAAAAUCGUAUUUAGUGGGAUCUAAUUAUUGUUAUGGUUCCAUUAAAUUAGGUGUCGUUUAUUUUGUUGUUGAAGAUUUUCCUCCACUUGUAAGAGGAUGAGAAUCGAUUAUUUUGUUGUUGAAGAUUUUCCUCCACUUGUAAGAGGAUGAGAAUCGAAAGCAUUUUACCUUUGUACUCGAGGUUUUAUGUAUCGAUCUCCUAAUAUCGCUUGUAUCAAAGAAAAAGAAAGAUUUUCUUGCGGAGAAAGAAAAAUAUGUACCAAUUUUGUAGAAUGGGCGUUUGCUCUGUGUGUGUCUCUCUCUGUUGUAUUGA